AUGUGGAAAACUGGUGGUGUCAUAAACCAGAGGGAAAAACACAACCAGUUAGACCUUCAUCAUAAAGAGUUAUCGGACAGUGGACAGAUGGAGUGUACUAUGGUCCAACUUGAGUACUUGGAGAACUGCCUGAAAGAAGUGGAAGAAAAGGCCAGAAUUUUAUCAGAACAGCUUGAAGCCUCUGAGGAAGCAAGAUCAAAACUGCUUAAGCAAGUUUCCUGGCUGGAGGAGAACCUAAUGGCCAUGAACCAUACCAAAGAAGAGCUAUUUGAAAAUCUGGUUGCUGAGAGAGACAAGUGCAUUGAGAAGCUGCAAGCAGAGGUAAAAGCUGCCCAGGAGCAACUGAUGGCCUAUAAAUUAAAGUACAAAAAGACAAUGAAAAAGCUACAGACUGAUUUGGCAACAGCUAAGCAGGAGGCUGCCAUCACGGUCCUGGAACUCAAUCAGAAGAUAAAGAUGCUCUGCGAAGGACAGCCAGUCCCUAGAGAGUACAGCUCCCUGGAAGCGUGCAGUGGAGGUCUCCCGCCAGUGGAAGAAGGUGACCGCAAGAUAAGCCUGAUUAUGGAGCUAUCCACCCAACUGUCCCUUCAGACUGAGAGGAUCACGCAGCUGGAAGAAGUUUUAGAGGAAAAGGACAGGAAGAUUCAGCAGCUGGAAUCCCAGAGGGGCCCCUUUCUUUCCCAGGAGGCAAAAGAUGCUAAAGAAAGCUUAGAAGACGCCUCCAUUUUCCAUAACAGCAUUACUGCGGGCUCCAUUGAGGAGCCGUAA